AGGGGCAGCGGACAGCCCGGCAGACGGAGGAGCUGCUCCACCACUCGGACGAUCGGAGUUGACCUGCGACGCGAGCCGCCGCCGCCGCUGAGUCCGCAGGCAGCGACCAGCCAGCCACUCGUCCGCCUGGGACUUUAUCCAGCGAAGCUAACUGGCUAACUUACUUUUGCUGUGGGAAACUGUUAAGUAAUGUUAGCAAUUCUGGGAACCAAAUCAGUGUGCUGUAGCUAAUUGUCGACCGGGUAAGCUGAAAAGCGGGUAAAAAUGUCCAUAUUACCGUUUACACCUCCAAUCGUGAAGAGGCUUCUUGGCUGGAAGAAGGGAGAGCAGAACGGGCAAGAGGAGAAAUGGUGCGAGAAGGCUGUCAAAAGUCUUGUGAAGAAGUUGAAAAAGACGGGACAGUUGGACGAGUUGGAAAAAGCCAUCACAACACAGAAUGUCCACACGAAAUGCAUAACCAUACCCAGGUCUUUAGAUGGCCGUCUUCAGGUCUCUCACAGGAAAGGUCUUCCUCAUGUCAUCUACUGUCGCUUGUGGCGCUGGCCAGACCUGCAGUCCCACCAUGAGCUGAGGGCUGUCGACCACUGUGAGUUUGCCUUCCACACGAAGAAGGAUGAAGUCUGCGUCAACCCCUACCACUACCAGAGGGUGGAGACGCCAACUUUACCUCCUGUUCUGGUACCACGCCAUUCAGAUAUCCCCGCGGAGUUUCCCCCGUUGGAUGACUACAGCCCAUCCAUCCCAGAGAAUACCAACUUUCCCGCUGGCAUUGAGCCCCAGAGUAACUAUAUUCCUGAAACUCCUCCGCCAGGGUACCUGAGUGAGGAUGGUGAGACAAAUGAUCACCACCUCAACCACAGCAUGGACACAGGUUCACCCAGCCUGUCACCCAAUCCUGUGUCACCCACAAACAGUCUUGACUUACAACCUGUGACAUACUGCGAGUCUGCCUUCUGGUGCUCGAUCUCCUACUAUGAGCUGAACCAACGUGUAGGAGAGACCUUCCACGCCUCCCAGCCUUCCCUCACUGUUGACGGAUUCACAGACCCUUCCAACUCUGAACGCUUCUGCCUGGGCUUGCUGUCCAACGUCAACCGCAACUCAGCGGUAGAGCUCACACGCAGACACAUAGGGCGGGGCGUGAGGUUGUACUACAUCGGAGGUGAGGUGUUCGCAGAGUGUCUCAGUGACAGUGCCAUCUUUGUUCAGAGUCCUAACUGCAACCAGCGCUACGGCUGGCAUCCGGCCACUGUCUGCAAAAUACCUCCAGGCUGCAACCUGAAGAUCUUCAACAACCAGGAGUUUGCUGCUCUCCUUGCGCAGUCAGUCAAUCGGGGCUUUGAGGCCGUCUACCAGCUCACUAGAAUGUGCACCAUUCGCAUGAGUUUUGUCAAGGGUUGGGGAGCCGAGUACAGACGUCAGACGGUGACCAGCACCCCCUGCUGGAUAGAACUGCAUCUCAAUGGCCCUUUGCAGUGGCUGGACAAGGUUCUCACACAGAUGGGCUCUCCCAGCAUCCACUGCUCCAGUGUGUCCUAGGAGCAGCACGUGCUUCCCAAAAAAUCCUCUUCCCCUUCCCGUCCACAUAAACACAACCACAUAUGCACAUAGGAAAAGUCAAGCAUCCCCUAGUGAUAAGAUGCAAGCCAUCAAAUCGAAAGAUCCCUCUCCUCCCUGGCUGUCUUUAACAUUUCAACUCCCAUCCAUAGCACUUUCCUCAGUACCAUUUAGUGUCUCCGUUUGAUGGUUAUUUAGGACUUGUACAUUGUUUUGUUUUUCAUUUGUUAAACAGGCAGCCACAGGGUAUUUGCAAUAGGUUUCAACAUGUUAAUCAUUUUUCCUUCUAUAUUCAUUCAGACAUGGAACGUUUUUUUUACAAAGAAUAUUUAAAUUUGUUUGAUUGAAAUGGUCAGUUACAGGUUAGUCAACUUUUAACAUAUUUCAAAACCGUUUUGAUUCUGUGAAUUAGCUCGUAUGUUGACACAUUUAGUGUCCUUGUACCACCCUUUGGCAUUAGGAGGCUUAUUUAUCAACUAAACCAUAAAUUAAUGACAAAUUCCAAGUAAUAAUAAAAUAAACUAUAUAUAUAUUUGUUACUAAUAAGUACAACGUACUAUCCCCAUUUAUAUAUAUAUAUAUAUAUAUAUAUACACUCACCGGCCACUUUAUUAGGUACCCCAUGCUAGUAACGGGUUGGACCCCCUUUUGCCUUCAGAACUGCCUCAAUUCUUCGUGGCAUAGAUUCAACAAGGUGCUGGAAGCAUUCCUCAGGGAGUUUGGUCCAUAUUGACAUGAUGGCAUCACACAGUUGCCGCAGAUUUGUCGGCUGCACAUCCAUGAUGCGAAUCUCCCGUUCCACCACAUCCCAAAGAUGCUCUAUUGGAUUGAGAUCUGGUGAUUGUGGAGGCCAUUUGAGUACAGCGAACUCAUUGUCAUGUUCAAGUAACCAGUCUGAGAUGAUUCCAGCUUUAUGACAUGGCGCAUUAUCCUGCUGAAAGUAGCCAUCAGAAGUUGGGUACAUUGUGGUCAUAAAGGGAUGGACAUGGUCAGCAACAAUACUCAGGUAGGCUGUGGCGUUGCAACGAUGCUCAAUUGGUACCAAGGGGCCCAAAGAGUGCCAAGAAAAUAUUCCCCACACCAUGACACCACCACCACCAGCCUGAACCGUUGAUACAAGGCAGGAUGGAUCCAUGCUUUCAUGUUGUAGACGCCAAAUUCUGACCCUACCAUCCGAAUGUCGCAGCAGAAAUCGAGACUCAUCAGACCAGGCAACGUUUUUCCAAUCUUCUAUUGUCCAAUUUCGAUGAGCUUGUGCAAAUUGUAGCCUCAGUUUCCUGUUCUUAGCUGAAAGGAGUGGCACCCGGUGUGGUCUUCUGCUGCUGUAGCCCAUCUGCCUCAAAGUUCGACGUACUGUGCGUUCAGAGAUGCUCUUAUGCCCACCUUGGUUGUAACGGGUGGUUAUUUGAGUCACUGUUGCCCUUCUAUCAGCUCGAACCAGUCUGGCCAUUCUCCUCUGACCUCUGGCAUCAACAAGGCAUUUCCGCCCACAGAACUGCCGCUCACUGGAUGUUUUUUCUUUUUCGGACCAUUCUCUGUAAACCCUAGAGAUGGUUGUGCGUGAAAAUCCCAGUAGAUUAGCAGUUUCUGAAAUACUCAGACCAGCCCUUCUGGCACCAACAAUCAUGCCACGUUCAAAGUCACUCAAAUCACCUUUCUUCCCCAUACUGAUGCUCGGUUUGAACUGCAGGAGAUUGUCUUGACAAUGUCUACAUGCCUAAAUGCACUGAGUUGCUGCCAUGUGAUUGGCUGCUUAGAAAUUAAGUGUUAACGAGCAGUUGGAUAGGUGUACCUAAUAAAGUGGCCGGUGGGUGUGUGUGUGUAUAUAUAUAUAUAUAUAUAUAUAUGUCAAUUAUGAUUGAACAUGUAAUUUGUAUUUGAUCAAUUUUAAACUGAAUAUAGACAUUAGCACCAUUGUUUCUUGAGAAGAACACUUUUAUGAAAACUAUUUUGCUCAGUGAAAGAGACAUUUUCUAAGUUAUUUUUGCAUACUGUCCUGCAUGGGAAUAUAUUUUUUUUAUUGCCUCAAAAUGAUUGUACAUAAAUAUUUAUAGCUUGUGACUUCUCGUAGUCGUGCAGUGCUUGAAACAUUUGACCCAACUGACCUCUGGCGUGAGUAUAUUCACAAAAAGACUCAUUAUUGAUCAUUAAAGGCAGGCUUUUUAAAUGUGGGUCAUUGUGAGUGUCACAUAGAACUACUGUAACAGCUAUUAUUUUCAUAGGGACAAAGUAUGAACAGGUUGAAUUCAGGGCCCCGUGUGACUUUAGUAUGAAGGGUACUGACUAGUGGUAAUCAUGGCAGUGGCUCAACCAUCGGUCAUUUCGGGGAGAAACAUAAAUGCAAAUCUUGUCACAUUACCUACCGACUGUUUGGCAACAGAACUUUCUGCUCCUUGUGGGUAAAUGAUGCACUUAAAAUUGAUUGUGUUGAUUAGUGUAAUGCUUUAGAUCUGGUAUGGCUUGUCUAGUAAAUACUAUAUAUUACAUGUACCAUGCUACGAUAUAAGGCAUGUGUUAUAUGCUCGCUAUCAUUGUCUAUGAAGGCGCCAUGUUUAUCCUGA